GCUUAGCUCCCUUCAAUGACUACUCUUCUUUCCCAACUCUUAUCGAACACUGCUUCUUCUAAAAUUAUGUUCUAUCUUCUAUCUGAUGCAUCACAUUACUUUACACAGUGGUGGGGAGUUAUGUUUGAGCAUAACAAAGAAGACAAAGGCAAGGCUGGCAAACAGCACGCAUAUUGCAGACAGUAUAAUAAUGUCUGUAUCCAUCCUCUCAUGAACUUUAUGUCUGACAGCACAACAUCCACUCUAGAGGCUGAGACCCAUAAUGAUGUGACAAUUGACACAGCAAAUGCGGCUAGUGUUGGAAAUGGUGCUAGGGAUGUGAUCAUCAUUCCAAAAUAUUAGCUACAUAUACAGCACAGCCAUCGCAGCAUAUCAAUUAAGACCUGGAUUCUAGGAAGCAAUUACAGAAAGCAAUUAAUUAGCAAUUGCAUU